GCAAGAAGUCGUAGACCACAAAGUCAGUUGGGGGGCUAAGUUCACGUUCCCGUGCAAGAUGAUGGCUAACGCCUCCACGGGGGUUAUGGAAAGGUGCCUUCUGAGGGUGUCUAUCAGGAAAGAGUCGAAGGGCGGCAGAUCGUUCAACAAGCUCGGUUUCGUGGAUCUCAAUUUGGCCGAAUACGCUGGAGCAGGUCUCAUCCACAAGAAGGCCCUGCUCGAGGGCUACGACGCCAGACACCGGCAAGACAACAGCAUGCUCAAGUUCAAGAUGGAAUUGAACAUGAUAUCGGGUGAUAUACUUUUCAAGGCUCCAUCUCCGUCGCUCAAGCAGAAGCAAAUGAACAUAGAGGAUGUCAAUAAUGAACAAAGGUCUGACGAUUUCUCUAGUGGUUCGUUAGGUGGAUCCAUCGCUAGCGGUAGUUCUGGUUUUGGUAGCCUUCCAAAGAAGAGAGCUCCUCUUUUAUCGUCAGAUCUAGUAAUAGGACAAACAUUAUCAGAAAACAACGUCCCCGUUUCUAUAGCAACGGACUGGAACGAAGCACUAACAACUCAAACGGCGUCUUCCGUACCCUCGUUGCUUCCGGCUCCGGCCGAUCACGACAUACACGAUGUUCGCGGCGAGCACGGACAUUCCAGAAACUCUUCCAACACCAGCCAAUUGUCCAAAGCUUCCGGAUACAGCAGCAUACACUCCUUGUCGCACAGCAGGCAAUCGAGUUCUGGAGAUUCGGGUCAUAUCAGGGACCUACCUAGCCGGACCGUGUUGGCACGCAACGUUUCAAACACCACCUCCGCAUAUUUCCGACCCAACCACCUGAAAAAACUCAAUAUCCCCAACACUAUCCCCUCUUCCGAUUUCGAACAUUUCUCCACGCCCAAAGCCUCGAUGACCUCGACCCCGAUCAAAUCCGCCCUCGAACUCGAGUUCUCCUGCUACUCCACCCCGAGGGGUUUCCUCUCCCAAAACAGUUACGUCAGCAACUCCAGCAAUGACGAAUACGCGACUCCGGAAGUGAGUUUUGUUAAUAAUGUCUUCCCUCGUAAUUUCAACGAACUGCAGAAGUCUUCAUCUACUUCGGUUGUCGAAAGGGUUAGGGCUGAUGACGAUACUCUAGGUGUGGGCUUGGUGGAGAAUCGCAGGUCCGACACCACCCACGAUAAGCAGCCCUGCCACGGCAACAGACUGAGUUUGGAGGAGAUCGAGAAGAAUAAGAAAAAUUCCGAGGGCGUGCUGAGAUCCAAAAGCGAGUUCCAGAUCCCUCGAAUGCCUAUCAUUCCGCCGGAGAAGCCUUUCAGUAGUAGAUUCUUUAGUUCGGACAGUUUGUUUUCUUUUUUGACGCCGCGUCCCAAAAGGAAAAGCGUCACCGAUCGUAACGGUUCGGGUACUCGGCCCUCUCUCCUCACCACCGUUACCCCCACUCCCGUUUUGAAAAGCUUGCCAGACACGCGUACGACUUCCCUGAGCUCACUGAGGUCCGGACAGUCUGGAAAUGAUUGGCUUUCGGUUCAUCCUGCGCUAAGAAAUCCCAGUGCUAGUAGUUUGGUGCUUUCCGAAACUGGAUCCCUGGACAGGGCCAAAGCCGCAUACGAAAGGCGGAAAAAGAUCCAAUCUCAAGAUCCCGACAGUGCUGUUUCCGGAAGAGUGGAAACCACCAGAGUGAACCCUGACGACUUGAUAGAGGAACUGUUGAAAAGUACAAAUCUUGAGCCACCCGAUGACUCGGCUGAAACAUCAGGUCUUCAACUCUUCAUAGCCAAAGAUGGCACUGCAGCUCUGGGCAACCACGAAGUCAAAUCCCAAAUGUCUACAGGCGUACAAAGUUUCAAACAGGUUGUCAUGGACAAUAGGUAGCCAAAGUACUAGUUUCUUUACUGUUGAUCAUAAAAUGCUGUAUAAUCCAUGUUAAUAUUUUUGUUGAUAUUAAAAUAUUCUGUAGCAUUCUCACAUACGUAUUCAUGCGAAGCAUGAGUUUCAAAUUUUUUGCUCAUGUUGCUCAUUGGUUUAUUGAACCAAGAAAUACAAAAAUCAAAACAUCCGAAAGUUAGUAGUUUUCCCCAAUAUUUUCUAUACUGAAGAGCAUGUUGCUUAUAUUAUCAAACUGUGGAAGUGUUUACUUGGAAUAGUUUAUUUUACAAAUGUUCAAUUCUUGAUGUACACUAUGUACAGUAUUGAAGAAUAAAUAGUUUUAUACUAUUGAGCUAUCUGCUACAGUAUUUUUCAAAUAUCAAUAUAAUAGUAUUAAAGCUGCAAAUCAUAACGUUGCCAAUUUUUGUGAUAUAUUGUUACUCUACUCUAAGUGCAAAAAGCUACAUCACCAAUCCAUUUUGUAUAUUUUUGUGAUGCCGUCGUCAGUUGACAAUAUUAUUUAUGUAUUUAUUGUAAAUUAUUUCCUCCGAAGCCAUAUUCACUGAUAAUUCCGAGCAGGGUGCGGGUUCUAGAUGAGAAUAAACUUUUGAAAAUGACAAAGGACCCGCUUUCGGUUUGAAAAUAUCCCAGAACUAUUUACGGCAGACGCAAUUUGGAUUUUGCCAGUGUUUCAACACUUCCGAUAGGCAAUAUUUUUCAUUUGUAUUUCGAACAAUAAAGAUUAGCAUUUUGUCAAUGUAA